AUGCAUCAUGGGGAACAGCUAGAAAUACCCGUUGUCAUUGAUGGUGGAGCGAACGAGGGCGGCCUGGUUUCGGCCAUUCAUAUCUGGCAGCCACAAAGUACUACUACAACUAAAGAAACACCUCAGGCCUCAUCGAUCGACCGCAAGUGGUACUCCGGUGCUUCUACCUUAGCUAAACACUGGGAUCUGCGCCUUGAGGAUUCGCAAUUCACUCGUUCUCUUCUUCUCCUUCGCGUGUACCCCGCGUCCUUUACCGCGUCCCCCUCAUUCGAGCCUCAAAUUUCAACUAAAACGUAUAGACUACUUCUAAAGCUCAACAAGAUCCAUCACCAGCCACCCAUGUCCAACAUAGAUUCAGACAGUUUUGUCGAUAUUCCUUCCUCUCUCGAUUUCGGCAGCGACAUCUCAAAAGACGCGACGAAGACGGCUGUCGUCUCACCUUCCACAACUCACGGAGAGAGCGAAAAAGCCUCGCGCUCUGCGUCGCUUUACCUUCCUCUGCAAAUUGAUUCUCCAACAGCUCGAUCUCGAGGAGCAAGUGUUUGUAUUGUUGGCGAGUCUUGCAUGCCUGAUGAGUCCAUGGGCCGCCAAACACCUCAGACCAAUUCCCGUGGCGUCUUAUCUGGCGAUGCUAAUCUCGUCGUUCCUGUGGUCUGGUAUGGGACUAGUUUUCCAGGCGGUUUUUGGGUCAUCCUCCAUGUUGCUGGAGCUAUGUGA